AUGGCGGUGAUGCGCACUGAGCAGCUGCUCAGCAAAGCUGGGAGCCAGGAUCCUCUGCUAAUGUCCACGCCCUGCCGAGUGUUCUUCCCGCCUCUCCCGGGCCUGAGGGGGCCGCGCCCCGAUUGGCUGAGGCUCGCGGCCUCGCGCCUCACGGACCGCGUCCGUGUAACGGAAAGGGCGCGCGCCGGCUGCGCGAGGUUAGUGCGCGUUCUCCGCCGGCAGGAAGCGGAAGUGACGGUGCGGCGGGGCGCGCGCUGCGCCGCGAGAAGGCGGGCGGCGGUUGCUGUCGUUACCGACCCGCCUAGGGACGUGAGGGCGGCGUGCGGGGCUGGCGCCGGGCCCAGCGCCGGGGGUGGGAGCGGCUCGGAGUUUUGCAGGAUGAGCGCCGUCGCUGAAGAUGCUAAGCCAGAAGAUGCCAAACCAGAAUCUGAAAAAAAAAUAUAUUAUUGUGAAGUUUGUAAAGUUCCAUGUAUGAGUUCUAUAAGUCUUCAGUCACACUAUCGUGGUAUGAAGCAUAGAAAGAAAGAAGAAGCACUGAGAUUCAAGACAGUCUAUUGUCCUGCAGCUCCCUUCCGAACUGCGAUGAGCUAUGAAACACAGAGACCAGUGAAGAGAGGACUCAUGAAGGAGAUAACAUGUCUGAAGGAUUUUAUAAAUGAUCCCAAAAGAGAAGAACCUCUAGUUGGUUUAGAGCAUGUGGUUGAAAUCAGAUUUGAAGGAAGAAAAGAGCCGCAUUAUGAAUGCAAGCUGUGUGGGUUUAACACAGAGAUGGCACCCAUGAUAGAACAUCUUAGUGGAUAUAAGCACAGAAGAGCAUACAUAUCUAAAGAAUUCCCAGACAAAAUAAAGAGAAAGGCAACAGAUGUAAAAGAAUGCAAAGUCUCAUUUCUCAAAAGAAUAGCAGGAGAGCUAGAGAAGACUGAAGGAUUAAAAAUGUAUAAGAUUGAAGGUUACAUAAGACCAACUACCUCACCCCCAUCAAAGAAGAAAGCAAGGUGGGAAGAUGAUCAUAAGCAUGAGAAUGAUCCUUUUUGGAAACAGAAAGCUUUAGAGUUCUUGGAGACUUUUCACAUCACCUCAGACUCAGAAGCAACACGUGUUGUUCGUGUUACACAGGAACUCACAGAAGCUUUAAAGUCCUUUUGUGAAAAGAAAGCAGCAGUGAAUUAUACUAACAGACUGAGGCCAUUGAUGUCAGUAUCUCGAGGUGGAUUUCCAGCAAGAAAAAACUUCUCAAAACCUUAUAAGCCAUAUGGAAAAUACAAAGGAAAUUCUAAGUGGAAUCAAGGUUUUUUCUCUCAGUAUGAACAGUGUGAUGGAGAUGAUUCUUUUGCUCCUGCCAACUCGCACAGUUACCAAAUGGAUGAUGGAUCAUCUUCCUAUGGUCUAAGACCUGCUGACUCUGCAAUGAUGUCAGCACUCAGGGACUCUCUUGCCCUCCAGACUGGAAGUUCUGCUGGUGGUAUGAGUGAAUGGCUGAGGCAGUUCAGCCAGUCUGCUUCUAACAGCAAUCCAGCCCUUAGGGCCUCUUCCUAUGUGACAAGUUCAGUGAGCGAGUACUCAGUGGAGUAUAUGUCCAAAGAUGUGCAAGGAGAUAAGCUCCCUGAUAACAGAAUGCCAUAUGGCAGGGAAGGUACGAGUUGGAGGAAUCAUCAAACGUGUACCAAAGCAAGGAGUAUUAGUGAUCAGAGAUUACCCUAUCCCAAUUCUUCAUAUCCUUCAUCUGGAAGAUACUCAACAAACUAUUUUUCACAAAGCUAUUUCUCUUACAAGAGUGAUGGUUUUGUGAAUUCUUGUACAUCUUCUACAAAUUCUGCUUUUUCAAGAAGAGGUGGCUCUAGGUGGAACCAGCACUCUAGGUGGAACCGGCGCCCUAACUGGAACCGGGAAUCUAGCUGGAACCAGGAAUCUAACUGGAACCGGGAGUCUAGCUGGAACCAGGAAUCUAACUGGAACUGGGAAUCUAAGUGUCAAGAAUAUAGGCAUGAGAAGUCAAGCUACAAAAAUGAUCGGGGUUCACAUCGCUAUUCCUUCCUUGGCAGUGGCUCGUACAGAGAUAACGAGCAAUUCAGAAGCUCAGAUAAGAUGUUUGAUGAAGAUGCUGUUGAUCCUGCUCCCAACAUUUUGAACAGAUUGGAAGGAAAUGAUACACCUACAAUGACCAGGGUGUUCCGACAGCUGGCUUCGUGUUAUCCAGCACUUAACUAAAUAUUCAGCCAUUAGCCAAUGUGCUAAUAGAAACUAGAGGAAAGAUUAAGGAACGACAGCAGCUGAACUGGAAAGAGAUGAACAGACUCAAGAAUCUCCGUGUCUUGGAUUUCAAGAAAGAGACCGUGUUUAAGUGUGUGUUUUUGGAAGGGGAGGUAGACGGUAAUCUUUUAACCUAUUAAAUGUAGCUGGAACACAAACUUGCACAUAAUGGAGGUGAACACUUAUUUUUUUUUUUUUAGGCUUUUUUAAUGUAUUUGUUACAUCUUAGUAUAUUGCAGAGAAAUCUUUUGUUAUUUUUUGGAAAAUAUGUUAAUGUUAUUCUGCCAGCAAAAAGCUGAUCACCCUUUUAACGUCCUUCCCCACUCAGAAAAAAGGAAAGUUUGCUUUUAUGUUAAUUUUUGGGGGAAGAAUACUCACUGAAAAUACAGAUCUGUUGUACAAAAAUCCAAAUGUGGUGGUCUUCACACAAAUUUAAGGUCAGUUCAGUUAAUGUAAGGCUUUAUAGUUGGGAUGUUUCCAGAAAUAGAUACACUACAUUUCUGUUUUACAAGAGGAAAGGAGAAUGUGACAUUAUUUCGUUUUAUUUUUGCAGACCAGAGAUGUACAAUAUCUGCAGACUUUUAUAUCCUGUUGAAAAUGAAACUGUUGGGAACCGACUUAAAAACUCAUUUGAUAAGUGGAUCCAUACUAAAACAGAAAAUUCUUCAUUCUUUGUGCUGACAGAAGCAUACUGAAAAUAGUAGAACCCACAAGGCAAUUAGAUAAAGUAAUUGGGGAAAUUUAGUAAUCAAAAUGACACACUCACAGAAAUGAGCAUCAGUUCAUUGUGUUUACCAGUGGUCCGUACUUGCAUUUCUUCUCUCUGUACUUGAGCUGUAAGUUCACCAAGGCUUACCCUUAGAUAUCUGCUGUAUAUAAUCAUAUAUAGCUAACGUGGGGCUAAAGAAAAGGACUAGCAUGAGACUGUUUACUCCCCAGUACUCUAUUCUCCUUUUCUCUGUUAUGGACUUCAUCUUUCUUUUUAGCCAUAUGUGGAAUAUUUCUGUCUCUGCACAUUAAACACUUGUGCUGAACUCAGGUUAGUCUUCAUAAGCUAUACUGAUGUAUUUUUGCAUUCACAAAAACUAACUUUUUGGACCUUGUCGUGUAAAUUGUAACACAAAGGCAACAAAGCAAUUGAUGAUAGGGCAUAUACACUUGAUUCUCUAAAAUUCUCCUUCUAUUCUUGUUUGGCCUGUGCAUCAGAAAACAAAUGCUUUUCUUUCUCUUUACUGCCUCCUUUCCUCCAGGAAGUGUAGUGCAAGUAAGUUUCUGAAAACGUAGAAAAACUGAAUCAAAGUUAAGGCUUUUUCAGCUGAGGUCUUCAUAGAGAGUUCUUUUUUUCUACUUUUGACUCUUUUUGGGAUUUUCCUGCCAGUACUGUAUAUCCCAGGGGCAUACAGUGGCUGAAUGAUCUCUUCCCCAAUAAAAUGCUCUUUCCUCUU